AAUUAAUUUUAAAUUAUUUUUCUUUUUUUCGUAAAAAAUGACUAUUACAGUUCAUGGACAUUCCGCAUCUGAUUCUAGUCAUUUAGUACUCCACGUUCUUAAAGAAUUAGGAUUAUCUUAUGAAUUCGUUCAGCCAAAUAGUUUUGAAGAAAUUAAAACUCCAGAGUAUUUAGCUACCAAACAUCCUUUCGGGAGAAUUCCUUCUCUCAGCGAUGACGGAUUCCAUAUUUACGAAUCUCGUGCAAUAGCUCGUUAUUUGAUAAAUAAAUAUCAAGGAACCAAAACUUCUACCGUUCUUAUUCCUUCUGAUGUACAAAAAGCCGCUUUGGUAGAACAAUUUAUUUCAGUAGAGACCUCUUAUUAUUCUCAACCUUUAGGCGAUUUGGUUUAUCAAUUAAUAUUCAAGAAACUUCAUGGUGGUGAACCUGAUCUUAAAAUCGCUAACGAAGCUCGCGAAGAACUUAAGAAGACUUUAGAUGUUUAUGAAAAAUUAUUGGAGGGUAAAGACUAUUUAACCGGAGAAUUUACUUUAGCUGAUCUUCUUCAUAUUCCUGCUACUUUUUAUGCUAUUAACGUUGCUGAUGAAGGUGAAUUAUGGAAUAAACAUCCUAAUGUUUCUAGAUGGUGGAAGAACAUUAGUGAACGUGAAUGUUGGAAAAAUAUUGUCACUGAAUAUAAAUUAUUAGAACCGAUAUAAUAUUUUUUUUAAAAAAAAUUUGAUAAGUAGCUUAUUCUUGUGUAGAUUAUACCGAGUAAGCAAUAGCGCAAUAUAUUUCUUAUAUUUCAAAUAAAUUUAUAUUAUUAUUAGACUUAUCACAAC